UGAAUGACACCACGCAUGCUGUACAACUCUAUUUAUAAAGGCCAGGCCAGGCCAGGGAGGCAGAGACGAAUAAGCCAGGCAAAGGACGCGCGCGCACGAACGGCUCGCUCUCUCUCCGACACCCAGAUCCCUCCCGUUUCAGGAAACGCGAAGAUUCCGCCGUCCAACCCCGAGCCGCUCCGCUCCGUCGAUUCGGGCAUGGCGCCGAAGGAGAGCCAGCAGCAGCAGAGUCCGGCCGAGGUGGCGGCGCCGGCCGCGCGGAGCAUCCCGGACGAGGCGCGGCGGCUGCUGCACGAGCUGGCCGCGGCGUGGGAGGACGUGGCCGGGUGCGGGUCGCGCGAGCCCGAGGUGGUGCCGCUCAAGGGCGCCAUGACCAACGAGGUGUACCGGGCGCGGUGGGCCACCGGCAGCGGGGACUCGUCGGCGCCGGGGCAGAGUGACGCGCGGACGGUUCUGGUGCGGGUCUACGGGGAGGGCGUCGACCUGUUCUUCGACAGGGAGGACGAGGUGCGCACGUUCGAGUUCAUGUCGCGGCAUGGCCACGGCCCCCGCCUCCUCGGCCGCUUCCCCAACGGCCGCGUCGAGGAGUUCAUCCAUGCCAGGACACUUUCAGCUCCUGACCUACGUGAUCCGGGGAUUUCAGCCAUCAUAGCCUCCAAACUGAGGGAAUUUCACAGCCUCGACAUGCCUGGUUCAAAAUCCGUGCUCAUCUGGGAAAGAUUAAGUUGCAUCGUUUCCGCUAGGAACUGGCUCAGAACUGCCAAGAGCCUGUACUCCUCCUCUGAUGAAACCGAAGAGUUCUGCUUGGAUAGCAUGGAGGAGGAGAUCGCUGCGCUGGAGAACGAGUUCUCAGGGGAGUGCGAGCGCGUAGGAUUUUGCCAUAACGAUCUCCAGUAUGGGAACAUCAUGAUCGACGAAGAGACGAGGCUACUGACCAUCAUUGACUACGAGUAUGCAGGUUUUAACCCAGUUGCUUAUGACAUCGCAAACCAUUUCUGUGAAAUGGCCGCAGACUACCAUUCAGAAAAGCCUCACAUAUUGGACUACAGCAAAUAUCCAGAUACCGAUGAGCGGAAGCAAUUUGUGCGGACAUACCUGAGCUCCUCAGGUGAGGAAUCUGAAGAGGAGGUAGAGAACCUGAUCAAAAGCAUUGAGAAGUACACCCUCGCCAGCCACCUAGUUUGGGGCCUAUGGGGAAUAAUUUCGGAUCAUGUCAACGAUAUCGACUUCGACUAUAAGGAUUACGCUAGGCAGAGGUUCGAGCAGUACUGGCUGAAGAAGCCGACCAUCCUUGCUUCUCAGACUGCUGAAUAGAACCCACCCAUCAGGUUCUGCACUCCACCGAUGUGCUGCACAUAGCUUGUCCAUUCUUCUCUGCUCAUUGAGACUUGAGGUCUGUGUCCCUGGGGAACAAGGCUGUGAAGAAAAGGCUGGACCCAGAAGUCAGCUCAGGCAUUCAGGUAGAUCACAGGCCUGUUAAUAGUGUGAGGCGACAUACUGUUGAUAAAAAAACCCUGACUGCAUGUUGUAUGAUGGUAUGGUCACUUGGUGUGUGCGUGCGCGUGAGUGUGCGUGCUUGGUUUACUGGCUAGAUUAGUGCUGCAUCUGCCUCUGUGCGCGCUUCAGUGUAUGCAAAACAUACGUAUUGGAAAUCAGAUAAAGAUUCCUGCAGGUUC